AUGGACGCGCUGGCGAUCGAGCGACGGGCGACGGAGUUUUUGCUGGACGACGACGGGUCGACGACGAGCGAAGGCGGCGAAGGCGAAGGCGAAGGCGAAGGUGGCGCGAGAUCGGGCGAACGAAGACAUCGCGGUGAACACGGCUCGAACGGAGAGUUUCGGGACGCGAGCGUGCGAUAUCGAUUGCUGUGCCCGACGACGAGGAUCGGGAGGGUGAUCGGGAAGGAGGGACGGGUGAUCAAGGCGACGCGCGCGGAGACGGGGGCGCGGGUCAAGGUGGCGCCGACGACGCGAGGGGCGGACGAACGCGUGAUAUUAGUCGCGAGCGGGGACGAUCUGACGGUCGGAGAAGAUGGAGAGGGGAUGACGACGGCUGAGGUGGCGCUGUUCAGGAUAUUUGAUACGAUCACGGGAGAGGAGGGGGUGACGGCGGCGCGAGGCGGCGAAGGCGAAGGCGAAGGCGAGGCGAGCGGAGGGUCCACGCGGGGGGCGUCGACGCCGAUUUGUCGACUAUUAGUGCCGCGCGUGCAGGUCGGGAGCUUGAUUGGGAAAGGAGGGACGGUGAUCAGCGCCAUACGUGCGAGUUCUGGGGCCACGGUGCGCGUGAUGCCGGCGAAUAUGUUGCCCGCGUGCGCGAGUCAAGGCGACGAGCUGUUGCAAAUCACCGCGCCUUCGCGAGACGCGGAUGGCGCCGAGCGCGAUCAGAAACUAUCCAUGGCGAGCGUGAAGAACGCGUUGAGAAUGAUCGCGAAGCACUUGAGAGAGUACCCGUCGAAGAACGCGGCCACGGAGUCGAAUCGGAGCCCGUUUGAGGCAUUUAUGAUCGGGAAUAAAACUGCCCCGCACGCGGGCGUCGAGUCGCCGGGCGCGAAGAACGGCGGGCACAUGUCGACCAGGAUGAACCUUAACGGCGUCUACGUCCCGGGAGGGACGGAAAUCACGUUCAGGUUGCUCUGUCCGGUGUCGAAGACAGGAAGUGUCAUCGGACGCAACGGCGAAGUAAUUCAACAAAUUCGCAGUCAAACCGGCGCCAAGGUGAAGGUUUGCGAGCAAGUCAACGGUGCGGAGGAACGCAUCAUCUGCGUGAGCUCGAGCGAUGAUGGCUUGGCUCCUAUGCUCGCCGCACAAGUGGCUUUGUUCAGAGUCUACCGAUGCAUCGUCGAAAGCGCUGGAAACGAGAUACCGCUGCCGUUUAGAUUGCUCGUGCAGACGUCUCAAAUCGGGUGCUUGAUCGGCAAGGGCGGGAGCAUCAUCAAGCAAAUUCGCAACGAAACCGGGGCGACGGUGCGCGUGUUGCCCUCCGAGGCGCUCCCAUCGUGUGCGAAUGACGAUGAGCUUCUUGAAAUCGGUCAAUGGCCUGCCGAUGCGUGUGCGCUCGGGAUUCGCAUCGUCAGCGGCCGUCUUCGCGGCAACAUUCGGCACAAGGCGGCGGAGCGAUUGACAUCCACGGCAGACGCUCAAAACACGCAAACGAUGGGUUUCGACGCCACUUGGCAGCAAGCCGAGCUGAUACCGUAUGGUAUGACGCAAACCGCGUACGGAUCGCCGGAAACGGUGAUGAUGUCGAAAACAAAGUCCACUGGAGGCGCGCGAGCGCCUCCGGUCGAAAUUGCCCCGGGCGUGUCCGUUGUGAACAGCGUGCAGAUGGCCAUCUCAUCUCAACACAUCGGUAGCGUCCUCGGUCGCGGUGGAUGCAAUAUCUCGCUCGCUCGUCAAGUCAGUGGCGCGAGAAUCAAGCUCUAUCCCGGCGCCGCGGGCUCGCGCCGUACGGCUGACCGCUCCGUCGAUUCCGACCGCUUGUUGGAGAUUAGCGGCUCGAGCGAGCAAGUCGCCUCCGCGCAAGACAUCAUCCAGCGCUUCAUCGCGUCCUCUGGCGCAAUGCUUCCAGAAUUUGCCAGCUUUACCGCAACUGGCAAGCAGCACGAGCCCGAAACCGCGAUGUUCGUCGUCUCCUAA